CAAACAAGAAAACCAAGAGGAGAGCAGGAAACAAACAAGAAAACCAAGCAGGCAGCAGCAAAGCUGGAAGGGAAGAUUCGGAUUGUGAAGAUAAAAACUACAGUGAGGGUGAUGUGUGAAAGGUUUAGUGAUGCCUUAUGUGGAUCGGCAGAACCGGACCUGCGGGUUUUUGGAUAUUGAGGAUGGAGAGAGUGGGAAGUUUCUAAGGAGAUAUUUUAUCCUGGAUACCCAAGCUAAUUUUCUUAUAUGGUACAUGGAUAAUCCUCAGAAUUUACCCAUUGGAACAGCUGCAGAGGGAUCGUUGAAACUGACAUACAUUUCAAAGGUUGCUGCAGGAAAACACAAAGUGAAGGCAAAGUUUUGCUUUGUGAUCAAUGCCUUAUCACAGAGAUAUUUUCUACAAGCAAGUGACCAAAAAGAUCUACAGGGAUGGGUGGAUGCAUUAAAUGCAGCUAGUAAAGUUACUGUGCCCAAAAUUGGCCCCACUCUGCCAAGUGAGAUUGGACUGACUGCCGGCCCAGACAAACAAACACGUGCAGCCUAUAAAACAGAGAUUAUUGGCGGAGUUGUUGUGCAAACACCGAUUAACCAGAAUUUGGAUUGCCAACAAGUUAGUAAGAGUGAAGCACACACCCACACAGCCCUCCGAAGAGCUCAGAGUCAAAUUCCCAUGCCAGUGAACAAGACCCGACUGACCCGCACUUUUUUGAAGAGUGGAUAUUGUGUAAAGCAGGGAAAUGUGAGGAAAAAUUGGAAAAGAAGGUACUUUGUUUUGGAUGCUUUCUCUUUAAGCUACUUUAAAUGUGAACAGGACCGGGAACCCUUGCGUUGUAUAUUCCUGAAGGAUAUCUUGAAGACUCGAGAAACUCUUGUAAAGUCUGGGGAUUUACUGAUGAGAGACAAUCUGUUUGAAAUCAUAACUGGCCCAAGAACAUUUUAUAUCCAGGCUGACAGUCCCCAGGAAAUGUACAUCUGGAUAAAGACAAUUAACACAGCGAUUCAAACUCUUAGGAUCCAAUUCAGAGAGAUGGCAUUUGGACGUACCAUGUCUUUAAACCGUGGCAGCUUUUCAGCUAUGUCAUCUGCCUCAACUCAGUCUCACUUGGAAGACAAGUGUAAACGGGGGAAAUCUUCUUCUACUAAGUCCUCAUGGCAGCCUUGGACCCCAGUCCCCAAGAGUGAAACAGACCUACCUGAAAAAGUGACUUUUGAGAACACUAGUGAAACGGAGGAAAUGGGAACCAGGGCACGGCACAUGUCUGAACCACAGCAGAUAAAAGAAAAUCCAUUCCCAUUCUGUCUAGAUGGCAUGACCCUCCGUACGUCAGAUAUUUAAUGAAGGUGCUAAGGACAGCUUGGAAAUAUAGGAAGAAACAUUUUAUUGAAUACUCAUUAUCAUUGUAUCGAAAUACUCUGUCAGGAAAGAAUCCUGAUUUUAUUUGAUGGGAAUCUUCAUGCAGUUUGUUAAUCGAGAAUGUACCUGUUAAUUUUAAAGCCUAUGUUAUUUAGGGUUUUAAACAAUUAUUUCCGAACUCCAAAAGAGAUUUGAAAGUAAGCAAAAAAAAAAGUAAAAUUUCAUAAAAAUCUUUUUUUGGUUAAAAAUUAUUUUACAUAAAUAUUAUGGUCAAUAAAACAGCCCAACAACUGUUACAGUAUGUUAAAGGAAACUUAUGCCAGUCAAUCUUAGAGUGAAUGUAUUGAAUGCACUUUCAUCCACUUACAAAGUACAUCCACCACACAUAUGGCGGCAAACAAGUGUGGCCAAAUGUGACUUAGGGGCCAAUUUAUCAAAGUCUGGCGGACAUGAUACGCUGUAGCGUAUCAUGUCCGCCAGACAUCGCUGAAUGCUGACAGCAUACGCUGUCGGCAUUUAACAUUCUACAAGCAGUUUUAGUGAACUGCUUGUGCAAUGCCACCCCCUGCAGAUUUGCAGACAAUCAGCAGCUAGCAGGGGGUGUCAAUCAACCCAAUCGUAUAGGAUCGGGCGGAUUGAUGUCUGCACCCUCAGAGGCAGCGGCCAGUUAAGGAGCAGCGGUCUUAAGACCGCUGUUUCAUUACUGCUGUUUCCGGCGAGCCUGAAGUCACGCACGGAAACAGGGGCAUCAGGGGCAAUUCGGCCCUUGUUAAAUCGUCCCCAUAGAAUAAAGAAUGUUUGUUUUUUUCUAAAAAUUUUAGCAAAAUGUGAUAACAUUUUAUUAAAGAAUGUGCAGUGAAUACUACACCUUAUUCACUUACAAAUUUGGAAUAUCUUAAACCUUCUACACAUAGCAUAACAUAGGGGUAACUCACACGAAAUACAAUCUUCACUUUUCCCCAAUCGCACUCGUAACUGCCAGUAAUGGAUACCAAUCACUGAUAUCAGAUAUGGCAUUAUUGGAGUAUAUAUGCGUGUUUUGCAAUUGGAUAGAAUAGUGUUUAUGAUAGGUGUUAAACAAUCUGAAUGCCUUUUGUAUAUGGGCAUGUUUGAUCAAUAUUUGUAUUAAACUUUUAAUAUUUUAUAA